GCGCCAUGCAUUGCAAGUACUGCCUCGCUACCUUCUUGAGUGUCACGACCAUCGUCAUUGCGUGCCAACAGUCGGACGUCUCCACGCUCAAGGUCUUUGGGGGUGUCGCUUGUGUUGCUGUACUAUACGGCGUGGUGUCAUGCAACCCCAGACCUCCUCCGCCUCCCAAACCUCGGACGAUCCGGCGCGAUGACGCUGCAAAACUAUUGAAGUUGCUUCCUGGUCAUGUCGCCGCAAACGCGCUGACGCUGACAGAGUCCAAAAACCGCGAGAUCGCUGCUUUGCACGAGCUACGCCGUGGCCUCGUUAUCUACGACCACUACCUCGACGACGCAGCGACGCCCGCGACAUUCUUCACCAACAUCCGCGGCUUCAUCGACCGCUUCGUGUUCUAUUGUCCUCGCAACGGCACUGCGCUCCUCGGCGCCAUCACGACGCAGUCGCUCGACGCCCGCGACGGCUACGAAAAGGCGUCUCGCGAAGUGUACUUUUGGUGCGUGGCUGCCUUGCCGCUGCUCGACUCGUUCGUCGACGCCUUGCAGCAAGAGCACACGGGCGAUGCGCAGACGCUUCUGCUGAGUGUCUACGAACAUGGCGCCACGAUCAUGCGCACGGUCGCAUCGGCGCUUGCCAACACGGAGUCGCAUCUGACCGAUGCCAAGGCCAACGUGAUGGCUUUGCGCGCGUGCCUGAUGCCAGCCAGAUGUGAGUAUUCGCUCGAGAGCGCGCCCGAGAUAAAGCUCUUGACCGGAUCGGACGCCAACUCGUCUUACGCGCCAAUGCAGUUCAGCGACCUCGAGGCUCUGGUGGAAGCCAAGAAGCCGGUACCUGCGUUGGAGGCUUCGCCGACGCUGGCUACGACGCUUCUCGAGCUCGCGCACCGGAUCGAACUCAUGACCCAAAGCAUCCGGUCGGGCUGGAAGCAACUCGAGCAGACCAACGUCAUCAACGAGAUCGAGAGCGAGAUGCGUCAACACAAGCUCCUCCAGCUGCUCGACGACGCUACGAAGGAGGCGUAUAUCACGUCGGCCAAGCAUCUUCGCACGGCGUGCGACGAGUUUAUGCAGCGCCAUUUAGAAUUUCAUAGUCCAUAGUUUUUCAACGACUUCUUGGUCAAAUAGACAUAUUCUAGUACCUUAAUACGAUGCAGCCGAUGGUCA